AUGCACUUGCGCGAGGAGCGGCACAUCUCCACCAAGCUUCAAGGCAGUGAUUUCCUCGUGCGAACGGCAGGGACGUUCCAAAACCCCAGGAGUGUGGUGUUUGCGAUGGAGUAUCUGCCAGGAGGCGACCUGUAUCAGCGAUUGUCGGACAAGGGCACGCUGUCGCUCAGGGAGACCGUGGCAUGGACGGCGCAAGCGGUGCUAGCCAUCGAAGACCUGCACGCGAAAAACAUCGUACACCGAGACGUUAAGCCAGAGAACUUCCUCAUGGGCAAGUCCGGCACGCUUAAGCUCACCGACUUCGGCUUCGCGCGCGAGCUCGCACCAGACGAGCGGCUGUACUCGCAGUUCGGGACCCCGGAAUACGUUGCGGCAGAGGUGCUGAGCGGCGGCGGCCACGGCAUGCCCGUCGACCUGUGGGCCCUGGGCGUGCUCAUCUACGAGCUACUGGUUGGGCAGACGCCGUUCAAGUCGCCGAGCGUCGAGGAGAUGUACGAGCGCAUUGCGGCCGGCGACUACGCCUUCCCGAAGCCCCCCGCGAGUCCGGCCUGCGCUGCCGCAGAAGGUUCCUCCUCCAACUCCUCCUUGAAGUUGUGUUUGUCAUCGAAGGCGGCGGGCAAGUCUGGUUCGUCGUCGUCGAACGUCCACAAGGGUGGGGUGCAGAAGCAGUCGUUUUCGUUGAAGAAGUCGGACUCUUGUCUGUCGGCGACGGCGAGCAAGAAGGGCGGCCUGGCGACGGCGGUAGGCCCCAACGGGGCCGAUCACACGCGACAACAAGCGGAACCGGCGAAGAGUAAACAGGCGCAACGGCAGGAGCAGGGCACGGCCGACAGCAAUAACACCUCUGGUGGUGGGGCGCAGGACCCCGCCGCCCAGUCCCUCGUCAAGGCUCUCCUCUGCCUCGACCCAAGCCGCCGGCCCAGCCUCCCCGAGGUUAAGCGCCACCCGUUCUUCGCCGGGGUCGACUUCGACGGCCUCCGGGCGGCGGUGCGGGCCCAGGCGGAUCGGGAAGAGGAAGAGGCCGUCGUUGCAGCGGCCAUCGAGGGCGGCGACGUCUGGGUCCGCGGCCAGCCGGUCGUCUGCCAGUCCGACGAGAUGAACGAUAACUACGGCGGUGUCUUCGUCGGGUUUUGAAGAGUGUGUGUUUCCUGCCCCGUGAAAGGCUGCGGGCGAGGUGGAGGGGGGAGCACUCUUCGGUUGGGGUCGUGCGGGUGUGCGUCGUCCAAGUAGAUGCGGACAGGACAGCAAAGACUUGCUGUUAUUUUGUUUUAUUUUACCUGCUUGUUUUGUUUCGGGUAUGGGUUGUUUUCUUGUAGGCGAGGUGGGAGGAAGUUGACGUGUAUUUCGACCCUUGUCUUUUGUCACCUUAACUUUGUUCGUUUUGUCGUCCUGGGUGUGCUUGCGAUGUAAGUGUUCCGAAUACCUUGUUGAGUUUUUGGGCGGUAGAAGUAGUAUUUAUUUAGCCUCGGCUGCUUUUGGAGGUGGAAGAUGUUUUGGAGGGGCAGGAACGAUUUCGUUGUUGCCUUGUCCCCCUAGGAGAUAUUAGUUGUUGUGGAGAGGCAGAGGGCAAUAGCUAGCAAUAGCGAAGGAAGGCCACGAUCAGAUCAUCAGCCUUCAAUUUUCAGCCCUUGGCGUGCUGAUAGGUUGUUUGCUGUCUGCUGAUGAAGAGUCAGGGACUAUGGUGGGGAGCUGUCGCUACGCCAUUGAUGUCAUUCCCCGGGGAAUGGACCUGCCCUAUCUAGUGCAAGGACUGUGUCUCCUUUUCUUAUCUGUCGAGUCUCGUGUUGCGUUGUUUGACCUCCCCUCUCCGUUUAUCGUGUACCCCGUGUCUGCUCCUUGUCGUCUAUUUAAUUCUCCCCUGUUUUCCUUCUCUGUGAUAUGUCUCCUGAAUUGUCUCGAUUUUAUUUUUUCCCUACGACUUGUUGCUCGUGUCUAAUCCUCGUAGAAGUUUCGCCUAUAACGUUUUUCCGGGGUCUGGGGGUAGUAGGGGGGUCCGAGGUCUGGGUAUGGUAGGGGGGGGGUCUCUGCUCUGCUCUUGCCUUUUUGCCUUCCCGUCUCAACGUUUCUUCCUUCGGCAGCUAUCUCUGUUAUGGGUGCAUCUGUACAUCUGGCGAUAGAGGAAGGGCAACAGGAACAAGAAGUCAUUUUGUGCUGGUUGCAACGCGUUGGUCGGGAGUGGGGGGGGGGGGCAGAGUGUUCCAAGACAACGGCGAAGAUGGCAAAGAGAAUUAAUUGGCUGGUUUUUUUUUUUCGUUCAAAGAUGUUCAUAUUAAUCGGGGGAUCGGUAUCUUGGUUGCAGUCUGGCUUUGCCGCGAGCCGUGUACGUGCGCUCUUGGGUCUUUGUUGUGAAAACGUACGCUUCGUGUAUCCCGGUGUGACACUUUCGAUCGUGGAGCAAUAGGCUGCAGCACAGGGUGUGGCCCACACGGAGGCUGGGCUAGAAAAAUGUGAUUGAUGGGAAGGAUUGAUGGGAGGGUUCUCUGUUCUAUUCUACCGCCAUUUUUAUUGUUCUGUUUUUCUUUCCACAUCCGUGGGCAGAGGAAAAGUAUCGCCAUUUUGUUCUACCCGCGCACGCCGCACGCACGCGUGCAUGCCGUUGUGCAUUACUUGUGCACCCAAUCUGAUAUCGACUUUUCGGGCGGUUUUGGGAGGGUUUUUGGGCGGGGGAUGGGGGGGGGGGGGAGUCGAGGGGAUUGGGAGUCGGUGUGCAUCAGGCCGGUUGUAUUUAGGAGGUGGCCUUGGGCAGGAGGAGACGGCAAAAGGAAUGCUCAUGAUGCCGGAGCGAAUUCCUUUCUUGCUCUGCAAAGUGUUUCGCAAGGGCACUGUGCUAUUGCGGGGAUGGGGAGUUAGUUUCUGAGAGCAUUGUUAUGGGGAUUGCUUCUCAGUUCGUUUGGUUUUGUUUUCUUUCGGCUGAAAAUCGAAUAUAGAUCAACGAGAGUUAAUUGAUUUGACACAUUUGUCCAUAAGGUAGGUAGUCACUUCUUAGAGCGACGAAUGACUUAGAUAUCUGUCGGUCCCGGUUGGAGCCUUCAGCUUAUUGGUGGGGCGGUGGGGGGGGGCAAAAGGUGGCGUGUGGACAGUCCGUUUAGAACACCAAGAGUCGGCCUGUCGGCAAAAAAACGUAUAGAGUGGAAACAAAAUUCGCGACGAUGAGCGUGAGCAGGAGUCUCGUCUCUCACCAUAAAACAGACGACUGACUGCGUUUGCGUCAGGGUUUGAUGUAUUCAGUAAGCAGACAUGCUGAACAUUAGAGGGUGGGUGGGUUGGAGUGUGGGCGAGGGGGGGGCGGAGGGUGGUGCGGGGCACUGACCGUUGGCCAUCUAUCCCCUUCAACAGUAAAUACAUGAUUUUAUACCCUCAUUUGAUAUGCGGGUCAGGGGGAAGCCGGCGGCAGUCGUGUAUGUGAUUGUAGGGUAAAGUAAAGGGUGUGAUGAUGGACGAUCAAGUCAAGUGGACGGUUGGUUGAACGUUGCGUGCGUGGAACGGUUGUGUCUUUGCAUGCCUGCAGGUAACAACGUAUCCAACGGCUGGAACUGGUGGGGGAGACGGAGGAAGUAGUGUAGGCAAUAGGCUUAUACCUGCCGUUCGUUGAAAACGGAGUUCGAGUGACUUGUUCCUGUUGCAGAUUUUUGAAGCAAAUGCCGGUGGAGAGAUGACACAAGAGAGAAGAGACGAUUUGCGGAGAAGGUCGAUUGUUGCCCAGGUACAGGCAGUGCAUCAACACUAUCGCCGAGUUGCCGCCAUGGCUAGGUCGCCAGCAGUAGCGGUGAGGGUAUUAUAAAAAAAGUAUUGAAAAGUAAUAUCAUACCAUAUCAAAAGGACAUGGAUGGAUGGAUGGAUGAAGUGCGUUGCGUGCAUCGUUGUACAUUCGAGGUACGGUACCCAACUAAUGGGAUGAUAAUAUAAA